AUGAUUGACACGCUGAUUGCGAAUCUCUCCACCAUUGUCAAUGGAGCAAUUCAAGGCACUCAAUGGUUCAGCAAUUACGCUCUCGUCACAUACGACUCAACCGGAGUCACGUUCCAGUACUUCCAAUACUCGAACAUUGGGUCAUUGGUGAUGGGACUGAGCUCGGCCGCAGGAAGGAUGACCGACGCUGGCACAUGUAGUAUGCCUCUCUACGGAGCUCUCCGGGCAGCUCUUUCUUCAUAUUACGUCCAAUUGCCGAACAGUGAGGUCUUUGCCGUCACCUCGGCAGGUGUCAGCGAUCAACAAGCGCGCGAUGGAGACAUCGAGCUGAUCUCUAACGUUCAAGCUCACUUCACCUACAUUUACAACUCGGCGUCUGAUUGUGGAUCGAUCCCCGGCGACAACUCUCUUAACUCAAACUACCAGGCUUGCCUAUUCGUCAAGUGGUAA